UUUGAGAAAAAACUUGGUUGUGUGGUUUCUCAUGUCGUCUGGUCGUAGUAACUCCACUAACAAUGCGCGAAAUGAUGGUCAAGCUGGUAUACCAUCUGCCUACAGAGGAGUCCGGAAGAGAAAAUGGGGCAAAUGGGUGUCUGAAAUCCGCGAACCGGGGACCACGAACCGUAUCUGGUUAGGCAGCUUCGAGACUCCUGAAAUGGCUGCAACCGCCUAUGACGUUGCAGCAUUCCAUUUCAGGGGACAAGGGGCUCGUCUCAACUUCCCCGAGCUCGUCAACAGCCUGCCACGUCCUGCAGACUCUAGCGCAGACAGCGUUCGCAUGGCAGCUCAUCAGGCAGCACUCUGCCUCAGAACAGAGCCAGUAGAGUCAGCCAUGCAAGUGGACACCUCAAGCUCCUCCAACAUAGGUACAACGAUGGUGAGACUCUCGCCCAGAGAAAUUCAAGCGAUCAACGAGUCAACUUUGGGAUCUCCAACCAUGUUGAUGCAUUCAUCAUACGAUGAUGACCCAAUGGGGUUUGACAAUGAUGUGGGGAUGAAUGUGUGGGAUGCAUACCAGACUGACUCUCUUUGGGACCCCUAA